CAAGUAUCAUGGCGGUGGACAAAGUACAGAGUAAAACAAGGGCACACAACAAAAUGUUGAACACGGGGAAGCUCGCCGGCAAGACAGUGUUUAUCACGGGUGCAAGUAGGGGAAUCGGGAAAGCCAUCGCUGUCAAGGUUGCCCGAGAUGGUGCUAACGUUGUGAUCGCUGCUAAGACUGCCGAGGCGCAUCCUAAACUCCCGGGUACUAUUUACACUGCUGCCAAAGAGGUUGAAGAAAAUGGAGGUCAGUGCCUCCCCUGUGUGGUGGACAUACGAGACGAGAGUGCUGUUCUUGGUGCUGUCCAGGAAGCUGUUAAGAAGUUUGGAGGAAUUGAUAUCUUGGUCAAUAAUGCCAGUGCUAUAAGCCUGACUGGAACACUAGAAACUCCUAUGAAAAAAUACGACCUGAUGAAUUCCAUAAAUGCCAGGGGAACAUAUUUAUGCUCUCAAGCAUGUUUGCCAUACCUAAAGCAAUCCAAGAACUCUCACAUACUCAAUCUCAGCCCACCUCUCAACUUGGCCCCACACUGGUUUAAAAACCAUGUUGCAUACACAAUAGCAAAGUAUGGAAUGUCAAUGUGUGUACUUGGGAUGGCUGAGGAGUUUAAAGAUAAUGGAAUCGCAGUGAAUGCACUAUGGCCAAAAACAGCAAUUGCGACUGCAGCAAUGAAGAUGCUUGGAGGAGAUGAAUCCAUUAAAAUGUGUCGUACAUCAGACAUCAUGGCAGAUGCUGCCUAUGUCAUUUUAACAAGAGAUAGUCGUUCUAUGACAGGCCAGUUCCUUAUUGAUGAAGACGUACUCAGGGAUAUUGGUGUUACAGACUUUGAGUCUUACAGCUGUGCUCCUGGUAAUGCUUUGCUCCCUGAUUUCUUCCUGGACGAGGCUGGUGACCCGGACAAACUGAUGCGAGACCACAUCAAGGCAACAUCUGGCUCAGGGUCUAGUGGCGCCGCAUCUGGUAGUAAUGUUGCCGGUUUGUUUACAACAAUACAGUCCAUGUGCAACCCAGAGCUAGUCAAGAGUGUCAAUGGCAGCUUUGAGUUCCAUUUGACCGGGGCUGAGCCGGGGGUUUGGUACCUUGAUCUGAAGAAUGAUAGUGGGGGAGCCGGACAAGGUGCGUUUCCAGGGGGUGACCCACAGUGCGGUAUGACACUAGAUGCGGAGGACUUUGUCAAGAUGUUCAAGGGUCAGCUAAACCCGACGCAAGCGUUCAUGGCGGGAAAACUGAAAAUUAAAGGCGAUAUGAUGGUCGCCAUGAAGCUAGAGAAACUAAUGAAGCAGCUCAAGUCUAAAUUAUGAGAGAAAUCGCUAAUGGAAUUACCGCGAUUGUUUUGAGAUUAGAUAAAAUAUUUAACUUG